AUGGCGCGCGCCUCGCACACCCUUCGCCAUCGUGUAAUUCUAAAGACCGCUAUCAAUGAGGCCCAUGAAUCACAUCUUCUUUCUCGACACGACCUCACCACCGACACUAUAGGUAGAGCCGGUCGAUACCUUCAGGUCAAUCUCGUCGUUUUGCCAUCCGCCUAUGCCUCUGAUUUCCGCGAUCUGUGUGCACGGAACCCUGUUCCUUGUCCCAUCCUGGGCUGGACAAAGCAAGGAGACCUAUCGGGAGUCUACCCCAGCGGAUGUAUCCAGACGCCUGAUUUUGAUGUCCGGACCGACUUUCCUCGCUAUCGUGUCCGAGUCAAUGGUAGUUUGGUUGCAAUAAAAACAGACAUUCUCGAUGAGUGGACGGACGAUCAUGUUGCCUUCUUGAUUGGGUGCUCUCUGUCAUUUGAGAGGGCCUUGAAAGAGGCGGGGCAUCGGAUCUGCCAUGAAGAAGACGGAAAGCGGCCUGCUAUGUAUAAAACGAAUAUCCCGGUGCUUCCAGCGGGCGUCUUCUGUGGUGGGACAGUCGUUGUGAGCAUGAGGACUUACGAGAUUGAAGAGGUUGAGCAAGUGAGAAAGAUUACUAGGCCUUACCUCACGACGCAUGGCGAGCCGAUAGCAUGGAGGUGGGACGGCGCAGAGGCGAUUGGAAUUAAAAGUGUUCACGGGCCAGAUUUUGGCGACAGACAGACACUCAAGGGCGACGAGGUACCGGUCUUCUGGGGAUGUGGUGUGACACCACAGGCUGUUGUUGAGGCUGUGGGCGAUGGGAUCAAGGGAACAGUGAUGACACAUGAUCCUGGAUUCGUCAUGGUAACCGACUGGACCGUGGAUGACUUGCCGAAGCUCUCGGCAUGUCUCAGGAUGGAAAGCUUGUAG